UCCGUUGCUGUGGGCGACUCGGGGACGCGAGAGGAGCGGCGAGCGACGCGAUGGCCGAAGUUGAAGACACGUUAAGAAGAAUAGAAUCCCGCAAAGGUGUGAUCGGAACUUUGGUGGUCACAGCGGACGGUUUCCCCAUCAGAUCGACGUUAGACAACUCCACCACCGUGCAGUACGCCGGGCUCCUCCGUCAGCUCACACAGCUGGCGAGGAGCACCGUCAGAGAAAUGGACCCUCAGAACGACCUCACCUUCCUCCGCAUUCGCUCCAAGAAGCACAAGAUCUUGGUUGCACCAGAGAACGAUUAUCUGCUGAUCGUCAUCCAGAACCAGCAGGAUUAGCUCUGGGGUACAUCACAUGUUUUUGUAGUUUUGUGCUCGCUUUGUUCAGCUGAAUCACAGCCUUGUCCUUUUGAUAUAUCUUUCCCAUGGUUUCUAUCGUCAGUAUUUUACUACAAGAAAAUGGUAGAUCACUUUUUUCCUAUCACACUGAUAUGAACCUGAAGCUUCAGCCACUAGACUUCUAACUUUUGCAAUGUUUGCUUUAUUUCACAAUGUAUAGAUCUUUUUUUUUCCUUCAACAAGUGUCGUACAAUAUACUCUACAUUACUGACUUGUGACAUUUAAAUUAUUCAACUGGCCAGAGCUACUUGCAUUCACCUCAAAUAGGAGCAGCUUGAACCUGUACUGUUGUAGCUGUUACCGUGGUUACCCACUUAAUCCCAACACCUUUUGUACUAUUGUAUUCUAGUGCAGUGAUUUUCAACCACUGUGCCGCGGCACACUAGUGUGCCGUGAGAGAUCGUCAG